AUGGAAGAUAUCACAUACUUUGCUACCUCUUAUGAACUAGUACACACUUCUACAGAUACAACUAAGCCCUCUAUAAAUAUUACAAAGGAUACAAACAAAGACACCAACAUCCCUGUAGAAGCAAACACAACUUAA